AUGUCUUCCAUCAAGCUCAUCAUUCCACGUGAAGCCAUGUUCAACACUGGCUUCCUGUCAGCACGUAUCUGGUCGCCAACCUCUACUUCAUGGAACAUCAUCUACUACACUGCUUUGGCCUCUGGUGGAUUUGCCUUUUAUUGGCUAUGCCUGGUAUUUUAUCGCCUCUUCUUGCAUCCCCUGAGGAACGUCCCAGGGCCUAAGAUUGCGGCGGCUACUGGCUGGUAUGAGUUCUACCAGGACGUCAUUCUCGAUGGCCACUACAUCAAGGAUUAUCCUCGACUUCAUGAGAAAUAUGGUCCAAUUGUCCGAAUGAGCCCCAACAGAGUACACAUCAAUGACCCAAACUUUUACCACAAGGUUUAUUCGACUGGAACCAAGUUCCUUAAGGAGCCUGCCAUGUUCAGAUUCGCUGGUGAACUUGACGCCCUGCCAUUCAUCACCGAUCCCGCAGCCCACAAAGUCCGUCGCGGCAUUGUUAAUCCCAUGUUCUCACCCCGCGCGAUCAAAGAUUUCUCACCUCUGGCUCUCCAGAUCAUCAAGGGUGCUCUCAAGAAGAUUGGAGACUCGUAUGAAACUGGCAAGCCUGUUAGCUUAAAGCGACUUGAGUCAAACUUCGCAAUGGACAUCAUCAUGAAGCUUUGCUUCGGUAAAGAUAUGAACUGUACCCAAGGAAAAGAAGGAACCGAGGCACUCGUCGACUCGAUGGUCGCAUUGCCUCAUAGCUUCAGUCUCAUCAAACACUUCCCUAUGCUUGGAAAGAUCAUGCAGUCUUUUCCCACGCACGUCCUAACCUACAUUAUCCCAGGCUUCGUCGAGUUCCGCAACCAAUGUGCUCAAUGGGCCAACGAAGUGCGCGAGAGACAUCAGAAUGGCGUUUACACCGAUGAGACUGGUCGUCAGACCGUCUUCGACGCCAUUCUAGACGCCGAGCCCGAUCGCUCAACCAAGGAACUGGUCGAUGAAGCCUUUUCCCUCGUCAUCGGUGGUACCGAGACUACUGUGACGACCAUAACUUAUGGCGUCUGGUGUAUCCUGAAGAACCCUGAGGUUGAGAAGAAGAUGCUGGAGGAGCUUCGCACAGUUGAGACAAACAGCGAUGGGCUGAUGGAGUACCCGAAUCUGAUGAAUCUACCUUACCUGACUGCUGUUAUCCACGAAACUCUUCGUAUCUCCUCCCCAGCUCCUGGCAUCCUCACACGUCUGGUGCCAUCUGGAGGAACAAAAUACGGUAGCCACUUCCUGCCUGCGGAUACUUCCGUCUCAACAGCCCAACGUCUGAUCCACUACGACCCAGUCCUCUUCCCGGAGCCCGAGACCUUCAUGCCCGAGCGAUGGCUCGACAAUAGCGACAAGGCUUCCAAGAAGAACCUGAUACCAUUCAGUAAGGGUCCGCGUAUGUGCGUUGGCCUUAACUUGUCCUACAUGGAAGCCUAUGUGUUCCUCGGGAACCUCAUUCGACGAUUCGACCUGAGCUUGCAUGACAAGAACCAGGGCACGCUUCGUUGGAAGGACUACAUUGCUCUUCACAUUGAGGACGAAGUGUUGAUCAAAGUCAAUGGGCUUCGACAGACGUUUGCAAACUUCAAGACUGGCAUUGCUGAGAAUCCUUUGCCCUGGCCACAACCGACGUUGCCUGGAGCGGCUGGUCACCUUCGCAAAGUCGCUUACAGAGACAACAUAGGAGCCCUCGACAACGGAGUCAGAGUCUGGUGGGAAGAGCCAGCUAAUCGCGACCCAGAGAACCCCAUGAGCUGGUCAAAUGGUCGGAAAUGGGGCAUGAUAGCCACGAUAUCGUUCCUCUCUUUCUUGACGCCACUUGCAUCGUCAAUGAUGGCACCAGGAGUGCCCCAGAUAAUGGAAGAGUUUGGAAGCUCAAACGACACCGAAGCGACGUUCGUCGUAUCCAUCUUCAUUCUUGGCUUCGCCUUCGGACCCUUAUUCAUCGCGCCACUCAGCGAACUCUACGGCCGCAUACCUAUAUAUCACGUCUGCAACAGUCUCUUUGUUGUCUUCUCAGCAUGUUGCGCUCUGUCGAAUGGAGUGCCCAUGCUGAUGGCGUUUCGUUUCCUGUCUGGGGUAUCUGGCGUAGCUGUCAUCACGUGUGGCAGUGGCUCUAUCGCUGAUAUGAUGCCAGCAGAGCAGAGAGGCCGCGCGAUUUCCCUCUGGUCUCUGGGGCCGUUGACAGGUCCCGUAGUUGGACCUGUAUGUGCCGGGUUCCUUGUUGAGGCCAAGGGCUGGAGGUGGGUAUUCUGGAUCAUCACUAUUGUGGCUGGAGUUGCUGUUCCGGCAUCAUUCUUCAUCUUACGAGAGAGUUACGCACCAGUGCUUCUCGAGAGAAAAGCCAAACGUCUUCGCAAAGAGACGGGGAACGAGCUGUAUCAGCCUCGAACCAAGAAGAAAGGCACCCCCAGAGAGCUCUUCUUGGCAGCUAUCAUCCGUCCAACACGUAUGUUCUGCUUCAGCUUCAUAGUGAUGGCCAUGUGUGUCUACCUCGCCGUGGUGUACGGUAUCUUUUACAUCCUACUUACAACAUUUACGUUCGUCUAUAAAGAUGCUUAUGGUUUCAACUCCAUAGGUGCUGGCUUGUCUUUCAUUCCAGGCGGCAUCGGCAAUAUCCUAGGACUUUCAUAUGUCGGGGUUCUUAGCGAUAACCUGAUCAAGAAGCGCAAAGCCCAAGGUCUUGAGCACCAGCCUGAGCAGCGUUUACAUCCCAUCAUUAUCGAUAUCUGGUCGAGACGCUCUGAGCUGGCGCCCCAGAAUUGA